UUUGCCACUCUAUAACCAUGACUGUUCGACACAUUUAGCAAAGAUGGCAGGUUUGAGACAAACUGCACUAACUUGCAGUGGUCAUACUAGACCUGUGGUUGACUUAGCUUUUAGUUCUGUUACUUCAUCAGGAUAUUUUUUAAUCUCAGCGUGUAAAGAUGGCAAGCCAAUGUUACGGCAGGGUGACACUGGUGAUUGGAUUGGAACAUUUGUUGGCCAUAAAGGAGCUGUGUGGGGUGUAGAUUUGAAUAAAGAAGCCACCAAGGCUGCUUCUGGAUCAGCAGAUUUUGAAGCUAAGCUUUGGGAUGCAAUCAGUGGAGAAGAACUUCAUACAUUUCCUCAUCCUCACAUAGUUAAAAGUGUAAAUUUCAAUUCAGAUGAUUCCAAGCUUCUUACAGCAUCAAAUGAUAAGAAAGUUCGAAUCUUUGAUCUUCAUAGGCCAGAAGAGAGUGGUGUGUGCCUGAGUGGACAUACAUCUGCUGUGAAAAAGGCAUUGUUUCUUCAAGAUGAAAAAAGGAUUGUUAGUGCUGCUGAUGAUAAAUCUGUUCGAUUUUGGGAUUUAACAUCACAUGAAGAAAUAAAGAAACUUGAAUUUGAAACUCAACCUAACAAUUUAGAACUGUCUUUAAGUGGAAAUAUCUUGGUUAUUCCUCAUGGGCAUUCUGUUAGUUUCUGGGAUGUAAAUAAUUUUGAAAAAUUGAAGACAUACAGUGUACCAUCUCAAGUUAAUAGUGCUUCCCUUCAUCCAGAUCAAUCAGUAUUUGUAUGUGGUGGCGAUGAUUUUAAGAUGUACAAAUUUGAUUUUGAAACGGGAACGGAACUAGAAUCAUUUAAAGGACAUUUUGGCCCAGUUCACUGUGUGCAGUUUUCACCAGAUGGAGAACUAUAUGCCAGUGGGAGUGAAGAUGGAACAUUGCGUUUGUGGCAAACUAUUGUGGGCAAAACUUAUGGAUUAUGGAAAUGUGUCAUGCCUGGUGAAUUAACUGGGAAUGAAGUUGUUGAUAUAGCAGCUGGAGAUGUGCCUACGGUGAAGGCAGAAGGAUAACAUUUGAAGUACUGAAAUCCGAAUGCUGGGGACCAUGAAAAGCCACUAUCUAUAUACUGCUUGUUUGCAGCUAUGUUUCAUAUUUUUAAUACCAAACACAUUAUAUAUUCCAGUUAAGGAAAUGUGACUUGAGUGCCAGAAUAUUUAAAAAAAAUUGAUUUUUUAUCUAUUGUAGUGUGUGAAUCUUUAGCUUUACAUACUUAACUUUAAAACUUCCGGUUUUUCUUUGGAGAAAUAUUGUGUUCAUGGUACCAUGGUGAGACAGUACAGUGUAUAAAUAAAAUAAAGCAUUUCAAAUAUUUUA